AUGUUGAUCAAAGUGAAGACACUUACUGGCAAGGAGAUCGAGCUGGAUAUCGAGCAGACGGACAAGAUCCAGCGCAUCAAGGAGCGUGUCGAGGAGAAGGAGGGCAUCCCACCAGCACAGCAGCGUCUCAUCUUUGGCGGAAAGCAGAUGCACGACGAGAAGACAGCUAAGGACUUUGGCGUCGAAGGCGGUAGCGUGCUCCAUCUCGUCCUCGCGCUCCGUGGCGGCCAGUAA